AUGGCGGCGCUCAGCCUCCGCCAGAAGCAGCUCGAUCUGAUCGUGCGGAUGCUGCACCUCAACCAGCCGCCGCCGCCGCCGCCCGGCACGGCCGCGGAGCAAGAAGAGGAGGUGUACAAGAUCCUGGUGCUGGACACCUUCUGCCUCUCGCUGCUCUCGCCGCUGCUCCGCGUCGCCGACCUCCGCAAGCACGGCGUCACCCUCUACUUCCCCAUCGACAAGCCGCGCCAGCAGGUCGCCGACGCCCCCGCCGUCUACUUCCUCCGCCCCACCCAAGCCAACGCCGACCGCGUCGCCGCAGACGCCGCCGCCUCGCUCUACGCAUCCUUCCACCUCAACUUCUCCUCCGCACUCCCGCGCCCGCUCCUCGACCGCCUCGCCGCCGCCACCGCCGCCUCCGGCUCUGCGCACCGCGUCGCCCGCCUCGCCGACCAGUACCUCGACUUCGUCUCUCUCGAGGACAACCUCUUCUCCCUCGCCCACCCGCGCUCCUACGUCGCCCUCAACGACCCCAAAGCGGCCGACGCCGACAUCGAGGCCCUCGUCGACGCCAUCGCGCUCGGUCUCUUCUGCGUCGCGGCCACGCUCGGCACCGUGCCCGUCAUCAGGUGCCCCCGCGGAGGCCCCGCCGAGAUGGUCGCCGCCGCCCUCGACGCCCGCCUCCGGGAUCACCUCCUCGCCAAGCCCAACCUCUUCACCGAGGCCUCAGCCUCUGUCGCCUCCUUCCAGCGCCCCGUGCUCUGCCUCCUCGACAGGAACUUCGACCUCUCCGUGGGGAUACAGCACGAUUGGAGCUACCGCCCCUUGGUCCAUGACGUCCUCGGCCUCAAGCUCAACAAGCUCAAGAUGCCCGCAGACAAGUCUGGCCCGGCCAAGACCUACGAUCUCGAUGACUCCGAUGCCUUCUGGGUGGCGAACAGCUGGUCACCGUUCCCCAGGGUGGCCGAGGAGAUCGAGUCACAGCUCGCCAAGUACAAGCAGGAUGUCGACGAGGUGAACCAGCGCACCGGUGGCAGCAAGGAUGGGAUCGAGUUCGAUGGCACAGAUCUCAUUGGCAACACCAAGCACCUCAUGAAUGCCGUGAGCUCGCUCCCAGAGCUCACAGAACGCAAGAAGAUGAUUGACAAGCACACCAAUAUCGCAACCGCGUUGCUUGGGCACAUCAAGGAGAGAUCGCUGGAUGGAUACUGUGACUGCGAGAACGACAUGCUCACCAAGGGCACCGUGGACAGGAGCGCGCUGCUGGGCCUCCUCCGAGGGAAGGGCACCAAGGAGGACAAGCUCCGUAUGGCUGUGACCUACCUCCUCUCUUUUGAGUCGCCUGUCGCGUCCGAGCUGGAGCAGGUCGAGGCGGCGUUGCGUGAGGCAGAAGUGGACAUGUCCGCGUUUCAGUAUGUCAAGAGGGUAAAGUCACUGAACACGCAGUUUAGUGCCUCCUCAAACACAGCAACCAGGAGCAACAUUGUUGAUUGGGCAGAGAAGCUGUAUGGGCAGUCCAUUAGCGUGGUGACGGCAGGGGUAAAGAAUCUUCUGUCCACUGGGAGGCAGCUUGCAUUGACAAGGACGGUUGAAGCUCUCAUGGAAGGGAAGCCGAAUCCGGAGGUGGACAGCUAUCUGCUGUUUGAUCCACGGUCCCCUAGAUCGGGAAGUGGUGGGCAGUUCAAAGGGCCAUUCAGAGAAGCAAUUGUCUUCAUGAUUGGUGGUGGGAAUUACAUUGAGUACAGGAGCUUGAUGGAGCUGGCAGAAUGCUCGCAGCCUUCAAAGCAUGUCAUAUACGGUGCAACCGAGAUUGUCAAUGGGGUGGAGUUUAUCGAGCAACUCUCAGAAUUGGGGCAGAAAGCAGGGCUGGGUGGUGGUGUCAACAACCCUCCACAGCUACAGUAG